AUGGCCCUCGACGCAAUGGACCUCGACCCCCACCCGACAGGGCCCGCCAGACAAUCCUCGCCCGAAAAAGACCGCAAGCGCAAACACAAGGACACCACAUCACCCAGCAAGAAGAAGCGCAAGCACGAGAGCCAUGCCUCUACCAGCAAGAAGAGCAGCAGCAAGACCAGCACCAGCACCAGCUCCAACAGACCUACUACUACGAUUCCCGACUCCCCCUACACCCUCACCACCGCAACGCUCUACCUCCCACUCUCUCCGAUCUCCAUCUCUCCAACCCACGCCCUAGCCUCUUUGCUAGCAGAGCAUCUCUCCCCGCUCCUCCUAACCUACUACGCACCGCUCAAAGGCAUCGUUCUCGCCUACUCCAAUGCCUCGAUCUCCAGCACCCCGCCCUCAUCCACCAACGUCGUGAACGCCGAAGACCCCAACCUCCCGCAACCACUUACUCUCGCCCGCACCGCCGGCGAAUACGGCGUCCUGUACGUCUACCUCACGGCCACCUUCCUGGUGUUCCGGCCCCAGCGCGGCCAGAUCCUCGAGGGAUGGGUGAACGUGCAAUCAGAGGGAUUCCUGGGCGCCAUCGUCCUGAACUUGUUUUCCGUGGGCAUUGAGCGGAAACGUCUACCCCCGAGCUGGAAGUGGAUUCCUCCCGGUGAGGAAUUGGAAGAGGAGCAGCAGGAGCAGGGGCAGCAGGCAUCCACCACGGAGAACGAGGGCGAUGAUAGUGACUCCUCCAACUCCGAAACCAAGAAAUCUGCAUUCGACCCCGCCAAGGAACUCUUCCGUCCCAUCGCCCUCGCCGAGGACGUGAACCCCCUCGCUGAUACGGAUCCCGCUUCCACCUCUACCAACAACAACGCGACGGGCGACUACGACGACGACGAAACCGCCGCCGCGGAAGGGUACUUCCAGUCGGUGUCUGGCCACCGCGUGCGCGGCACGAUCAAGUUCCGGGUCGUGGAUGUGGAUGUGAUUCCUGGGUCGGAGCGGGAGAGCGGAUUCCUGAGCAUUGAGGGUACGAUGCUGGAUGAGGAGGAGGAGAAGAGGGUUCUGGAGGAGGAGAGGACGGGUGUGGUUUCUUCUGCUCCUUCUAGCUCCUACGGUGGUGGUUCUACUGGCAUGACGCCCAGAAAACUAGGCUCGGUGACUACCAUGUCUGGUGCUUUGGCGAUCCGGUCUGCUUCUGCGUCGGUGGCGCCGGAGCCGGAGGUUGUGGAUGUGCAUGUGGAGGAGUCGCCUAGUAAGAAGAAGUCGUCGUCGUCGAAGGAGAAGAAAGAGAAGAAGGAGAAGAAGUCUAAGUCUUCUAAGAAGGAGAAGACUUUGUUUGUGGCUGGCGUUAGAUGGGAAUAUCAAAAAGAUUUGGUUUCUUUGACCGUGGUUGUUGUUUUUGGUGGUGUUGGUAUAUCAGAGCUGGAGUACUUCUGGGAAGUUUGGAGAACAGGAGUUGGUCAUGCGCAUUGA